AUGUCGGGGCAGCGGGAGGAGUCGCUGCCCGCCUGCUUCGCGGGGCUGGGGGCGGGCAGCCCGCGGCCGCGGCAGAAGCGCGGAGGCAUGUUCUGCAGCGUGGAGGACGCCUUCGACAACAAGACGCUGGACUUCGCCUCGCUCGGCGGCUCCGGCCCGGGACCCCCCACGGUGGGCACCGCCGCGCCCCCGCCGCCGCCCCCCCGGCNGCCAGGCGCUGCGUGAGCCGGGGACGGGCCGCGUUAGUCUAGUGACCGGCUUCUAAUCAAAGGAGGAAAAAUUGUCAACGAUGAUCAGUCAUUUUAUGCAGACAUUUAUGUGGAAGACGGUUUAAUAAAACAAAUUGGAGAAAACCUGGUUGUUCCUGGUGGUGUGAAGACAAUUGACGCCUACAGCCAGAUCGUGAUGCCGGGCGGGAUAGACGUCCACACCAGGCUGCAGAUGCCCGUCAUGGGGAUGACCUCUGCUGAUGACUUCUACCAAGGCACAAAAGCAGCCCUGGCAGGAGGAACCACAAUGAUCAUUGACCACGUCUGCCCGGACGCUGGGACCAGCCUCAUGGCUGCCUACGAGCAGUGGCGCGGGAGUGCCGACAGCCAGGCCUGCUGCGACUACUCGCUGCACGUCGACGUCCCUCGCUGGCACGAAAGCCUGAAGGAGGAACUGGAAGCCCUGGUGAAGGACAAGGGUGUGAAUUCCUUCCUGGUUUUUAUGGCCUACAAAGACAAACUUCAGUGCACCGAUGCCCAGAUGUACGAAAUAUUCUGCAUUAUUCGAGACCUGGGGGCCAUUGCCCAAGUGCAUGCUGAAAACGGAGACAUCAUCGAUGAGGAGCAAAAGAGGCUGCUGGAACUCGGGAUUACCGGGCCAGAAGGACAUGUCCUCAGCCGCCCCGAGGAGGUGGAAGCAGAGGCAGUGUACCGUGCAAUUACCAUCGCUAAACAAGCCAACUGCCCCUUGUACAUCACCAAAAUUAUGAGCAGAGGUGCAGCAGACGUGUUAGCUCAAGCAAAGAGAAAAGGCACGGUUGUGUACGGAGAGCCCAUUACCGCCAGCCUGGGCGCCGACGGGUCGCACUACUGGAGUAAAAACUGGGCCAAGGCUGCAGCCUUCGUCACCUCUCCCCCCAUCAGCCCGGACCCCACCACGCCGGAUCACCUCACCUCCCUCUUGUCCUGCGGGGACCUGCAGGUUGCAGGCAGCGCUCACUGCACCUUCACCACCGCGCAGAAGGCAGUGGGGAAGGACAACUUCACCCUCAUCCCCGAGGGAACCAACGGCAUCGAAGAGCGGAUGUCCAUAAUUUGGGAAAAGUGUGUGGUCUCCGGGAAGAUGGACGAGAACGAUUUUGUAGCGGUGACCAGCACCAAUGCUGCCAAGAUCUUUAACUGCUACCCUAAGAAGGGGCGCAUCGCUGUGGGCGCUGACGCAGACUUGGUUUUGUGGAAUCCCAAGGCUACUAAAAUCAUCUCGGCAAAAACGCACAACCUGAAUGUGGAGUACAACAUAUUUGAAGGCACAGAGUGCCACGGGGUUCCUACUGUGGUCAUAAGUCAGGGAAAAGUUGUUCUUGAAGAUGGAAACCUGUGUGUCACCCAGGGGUCAGGUCGCUUCAUUCCUAGAAAGACAUUCCCUGAUUUUGUUUAUAAAAGGAUAAAGGCAAGAAACAGGCUGGCCGAAGUGCACGGCGUCCCCAGAGGGCUGUACGACGGACCGGUCCACGACGUCCUCGCCAGCGCCAGAGCCGUGGCCAACACUCCGGCCUCCAGGAUCGCGCCCUGUGCGGGCAAAGCCCAGGCUCCUCCCGUGCGCAACCUCCAUCAGUCGGGGUUCAGCUUGUCUGGGUCGCAAGCUGACGACCACAUUGCCAGACGCACGGCUCAGAAAAUCAUCGCCCCGCCGGGUGGACGGUCCAACAUCACCUCGCUGUCCUGACGGGGCAGCCCGGGGGCUG